CCUGAUCCUGCUUUCAAACCUAAUAAUACCGCGGAAUUCGUUGUUGCUAAAGUCGAUGAUGUCAUUAAUUGGGCAAGAAGGAGUUCCUUAUGGCCUAUGACGUUCGGCCUUGCUUGCUGUGCAAUUGAAAUGAUGCAGUUUGCUGCCCCACGAUAUGAUAUGGAUCGGUUUGGUAUCGUAUUUCGCGCUAGCCCGCGUCAAGCAGAUGUAAUGAUUGUAGCCGGAACCCUAACCAAUAAAAUGGCUCCCGCUUUUCGCAAGGUUUACGAUCAGAUGCCUGAACCACGCUGGGUGAUCUCUAUGGGAAGCUGUGCUAAUGGUGGAGGAUAUUAUCACUAUUCAUAUUCGGUUGUUCGAGGAUGUGAUCGAAUUAUUCCUGUUGAUAUUUAUGUACCUGGUUGUCCACCUACCGCUGAGGCUUUACUCUACGGUUUCUUGCUACUACAAAAGAAGAUUAGGCGAUCAAAAUCUGUUACUAUGUGGUUCAGGAAAUAA